AUGAACAUAUUUAUACCGACGAAAGAAAACACGGGAAGAUUCUUUCACUACUGUCGACUGCUAUUCUCACUGGAUUAUUCAAAGACCGAUGUUUUCCUCAUUUUGACUGGUCUCUUAUUCUCCAUUGCGGCUGGCAUUCCUUUCCCUCUACUGGGUAUUGUCUUUGGUGACCUGAUCAACGAUCUAAACACAGCAACUUGUUCGAACUCCUCAUCAACAGACAGAAAUGUAGCGGAUGGUGUACAGCAGAAAGUGCUGUAUACUAUCUAUAUUACUAUUGCCAACUUUUGUUUUAUAUACAUCCAUUGCAGCUGCUGGAGCUAUAUUAGCGAGCGCAUCGCUCGAAGAUAUCGUCGACACUACUUCAAGAGCAUUAUUAGACAAGAGGCAGGCUAUAUUGAAAGCCUUCCAGCAGGGGAUGUCCUCUGCCGACUGGCCAGCGAUAUUGAAGUAGUGCAAUCAGGCACUUCAGAGAAAGUGGGAUUAGUGAUAUCCACACUCUCAUAUUUUGUCACAUCCUAUAUCGUUGCUUUCAUCAAGGUUCCGACCAUUGCGGGCAUGUUGGUAUCAGUGGUGCCUUGCUACUUUCUCAUGUCUUAUGCCGGAGGAUACUUCAUCAAAAAGUAUUCAGCUAGCAUUUCGGAGCGUGUUAGUGCAGCCACCUCGAUUGCAGCCUCAAGUUUGUCACAUUUGACACUUGUGCAUGCCUUUAAUUCAAACGAUCGCUUAGAGAGACUUUUCUCAGGCCAUCUAUCGGAAUCUCGAAUUGACGCUCUUAAAAAGGCUGGAACACAUGCUUGCCAGAUCGGCUUUCUCUAUUUCGUCGCCUACAGUGCCAAUUCAUUGGCAUUCUGGGAGGGUUCCCGGCUAAUUGCCAACUCAGUGGAAACCGGUGGUACUGGCACAUCAGUCGGAGCUGUCUACACAGUAAUCUUCGUGCUGAUAGAUGCCUCAUUUAUAUUAAGCCAGGUUGCUCCAUUUGUCCAUAUUUUUGCGUCCGCCGCUGGUGCAUCUGAAAGGCUCUUGUCAGUCAUCAAUAGACGGUCUAAGAUUGAUGGCACAUCAGGAACUGGUGACAAAUCAAUCUCAUUCAGUUCAAUGGAAAUAACUUUCCGCGAUGUACACUUCAGCUACCCAUCUCGACCCGAGGUACCUGUUUUAAAAGGUGUUAGUUUUACUAUUCAAGCACGAAAACAUACUGCCAUAGUUGGCCCGUCUGGCAGUGGAAAGUCUACUAUCAUGGCUCUGCUAGAACGCUUCUAUGACCCGACGACUGGCGAAAUAUGCAUUGGUGGCCAAGCAAUACGGGCAUUGAAUGUGAAAUAUCUGCGUGGAAACAUCGGAUUUGUGCAGCAAGAGCCGUCUUUGUUGGACCUUUCAAUCUUGGAAAAUAUUGCUUAUGGGCUGGUUGCUUCUGCCGCCGAAGAGCAUAAGGCCCUCGCAACCUUCAUUCUUGAUUCUACCCUGUCGAAUCUAGCAAAGGAAAUUCGCUCUGGCAUGCUUGAAAAGAACGUUCUUGAGAAAUACGACCCGAAAGUUUCCGAAAUUGUGAAAUUGGUUCGCAAAGCUGCGAACGAGUCCAAUUCUUUGACCUUCAUUGAUGCUCUGCCACAUGGGUUUGCGACAAAUGCAGGCUCUAGCGGGAAUCUAUUGAGCGGUGGGCAGAAGCAGCGAAUAGCAUUGGCGCGAGCACUGGUUCGCGAACCGGCGCUGCUUAUCCUUGAUGAGGCGACGGCGGCUCUGGACUCUACUAGCGAACGACUGAUUCAAGAUGCCUUGGCUAAAGUGGCUGAAAGAGUUACGAUAGUGUCGAUUGCCCACCGCUUAGCUACUGCCAAAGAUGCUCACAGUAUUGUGGUGUUUAAAGAGGGCCAAGUUGUUCAGCAGGGUUCUCAUGCUGAGCUGGUUGCAGAAGGUGGAACUUACGCUGAGAUGGUGAAGCUUCAGAACCUUGGAAAAAUGGGCCUAGCAAAUCCUCCUACCCAGGAUCCAAUUUGUGAAGCUCAAGACGAUACCAACAAGACCUUUAUUGCCGCUGAAAAACAUAACUUUCUCGACACAGGCAGUACAGAUAUUACCGACGAAGCGCUUCCCACUUACACUGUGGAGCCACAGGAUAAAGGAAUCGGGAAAGAACAGGAAGCGAAGAAGAAAAUUAAUUCUUCAAAAAAAACAGCCAAGAGGUCCCGAUGGUUUACGACAAAGGUUGUGUUUUCUUUAGUGCGUCCAGACAUGGGCUAUAUUACCCUUGGAUUGGCCAUGUCCGUGGUGAUUGGAGGUAGUUACACAGCUGAAGCGGUCAUUUUUGGGCACACAGUUGGUAGUUUGAGCCCCUGCGCUGGAUCCGAUUCAAUCCGAAAUAGCGGACAGCUCUACGGACUUUUGUUUUUCGUUAUGGCUCUUGUUGAGUUGUUUACGAAUGUGAUUGGAGGUUGUGCGUUUGGUUGGGCUGCAGACAAAAUUUUAUACCGCAUCCGUGUUCUAUCCUUGCGAUCUCUCUUGGAUCAGACGAUUCAAUGGCAUGGAAUGAGCAACAGAACACCCGGCAUCCUCAUAACAUACAUCACAGGUGAUGCCACGGCUCUUAGCAGUAUUACUGGAACUACUAUUGGUCUACUCUUAGCUAUGGCCGUGAACUUGAUUGCUGGGAUAGUGGUCUCAUUUGCAAUCGCGUGGAAGAUUGCUAUCGUGCUUCUUCCUACAAUACCUGUGUUGUUGGCUUCUGGUAUGAUGAAAUUACGAACCCAAGCUCAAUUUGCAGAGCGUCAUCAGAAAGCAUUUGCAAAAGCAACUGCAAUUACAGUUGAAGCUGUCGACAAUAUUAGGGUAAUUGCCGCCUUUUCCUUGGAGAAACAGUCCUAUUCUGUUUAUGAACGAGCAUUGCACGCGCCAUACCAGGAAACAUUGAGAUCCAUUGCGAUCGGAAACGUAUUUCUGGCAUUUGCUUUCAGCGUCAGCAACCUGGUCUACGCUUUGGCAUACUGGUGGGGCACCAAGCAGAUUGUGGCAGGUCUAUAUUCUCAAACCCAAUUUUUCAUUGUUUUGCCCGCGUUGCUGUUUAGUACACAGUCUUGCGGCCAAAUGUUUGCAUUGGCGCCAGAUAUUUCGAAAGCAGGCAUCGCUGCCUCGAACAUUGCAGAGUUGCUCACAACACGCUCGGUAGAUGAGGAGUUGAAUAUUGGUACUUCAGGCAAGAUAAAGGGCUACUUAACCUGUCUCUUGAAUGAGAAGGUCCUCGACAUAGAGGCAGCACAUAUUGAGCAAAGGAGCCUGGAUGCGCCCUAUUCCGCUUUGAGGGCUUGGGGAAUUGGGGCAGAAUUGCAGAAUAUAUAUUUCGAGUAUCCAUCUCGACCGGGCCAAACGGUUCUACGUGGUCUAAGCUUGAGAAUCAAGCCUGGAAAAUUCUGCGCCCUGGUAGGGCCCAGUGGCUCGGGUAAGUCCACGAUAUUCGCGAUGUUGGAGCGAUUCCACCGCCCUGAGUCCGGAGCCGUUAUAAUCGACGGUAUCAACAUCACCCAGCGGCUUGGAACAGGGUUUCGUGAUGAUAUAGCUCUUGUUCCACAAGAGAAUGUCCUAUUCGAAGGAACUGUCGCAUUCAAUAUUGGACUCGGAGCUCGCCCAGGCCAUCAACCUUCCCAAGAGGACAUUGAAGAAGCCUGCCGCAUGGCCAACAUUCAUGACGUGAUCAUGGCCUUACCACAUGGCUAUCAAACACAAUGCAGCCGGGAUGGUAAACAAUUCUCCGGUGGUCAACGCCAGAGGUUAUCUAUUGCGAGAGCUCUAGUGCGCCGUCCCCGCAUGUUGCUGUUGGAUGAGUCGACUAGUGCCCUUGACGUCGAAUCUGAAAAGCGGAUCCAGGAAUCCCUUGCAACACUUGCUGGACGUACUACCAUUGUUGCCAUUGCGCAUCGCCUCAACACUAUCCACCGUGCUGAUUGUAUCUAUCUCAUUGAGGAGGGCCGCUGUGUUGAACAAGGAACGCACGACGAACUGAUCGAGCGAAGCGAAACCUAUAGGAUGAGUGUUAUUCACCAGUCACUCGAGACAUAA